AUGUCGGACCACGAAGAAGAAACCGGCAUGGAUACUGGGUAUGACACCCCUGUCCCGGAGCUGGACGACCACCGCAACCGGCUGCCAACCACACAGCGAACUGAGCGGCCUCGCCGCGGCACCUUCGACUCUCUAUAUGGACAGCAUAUGGAGCAUGGAACUCGCCUUUCCUCUGAUCACCAGGCCGGCGUACGUGUUCGUGACUUUGAAGAGGCCGUGGAUGACGGUGAUGCCCCAGAGGACUUACAUGAGGCCAUCGGCUCUCGCCGUCUUACCUCUGGAACUGUGCGCACGGAAUCUCCGCCAAACUCUGUUAAGGCUUUUGCGGAGGCUCGUCGCCGGGAGCGUGACAUGUCCUUCUCUGAGCAGAAGCCCGAGAAAGACGAUAAUGUUGAACCACCUCACCUUCAGAGGGUGGCUUCGGUUGCAAGCCGCCGCAGCCUUCGCAGCCGCGCUCAUACCGUGGACAAUGAUGCGUCUAGUAUGGCGUCUACCAACUCUGCAGAGGAGGACGUCUGCUUUCCCGUUUCCGACGAGCAUCGGCGUGACCAGCUCCGCAUCGACUAUGCCUAUCUCGAAUCAUUCAUGCAAGAAGAAAGGGAAGAACGUGAGGAGGCUCGUCGGGACCUGGAAGCCCGCACUUUUCCCGACCUCCGGCCCCAGAUUUCUGCAACUGAUUCGAUGAAUCCUCCGCCGAUGGUCACCUCCGACGGCGACUUUGUUGGUGCCACAGCCGGAUCCACCAUCGAGUAUGAGAAGGAGCAAGCUGCCAUCAAGGCAGAACACCAGCUGCCUGCAAAGCCGGUCCAACAUGUCGACCCAAACCGGUUCAGCUUUUUCUCCUCAGCCUGGGAGUCUACCAUCCAUGCCGCGGACUUUUCAGACCUUGUGCUUCCCGGAGAGUCCGUCCGUGGCCUGUUCACCUUCCCAGAGGGUGAAAGUGACGGGGUCUGGUGGUUAAACGUCAACAGUCCGACCGAGGACGAGGCGCGAGCCAUUUGUCGUGCUUUUGGCAUCCACCCCCUCACCAGUGAGGAUAUCACCCAACAGGAAACGCGCGAGAAGAUUGAGAUCUUCCCUUCUUACUACUUCGCGAGCUUCCGGUCUUUCAACAUUGUCAAGGAUGAAGAUGGCGAGAUAGAGUAUGAGCCUUUCCAUACGUACGUCGUCGUCUUCCGUGAGGGCACUCUCAGCUUCAGCUUUGCACCCAACACGCACGCGUCGAAGGUGCGGACCCGUAUCGCCCUGCUGAAGGAUUACGUUGCGUUGAGCAGCGACUGGAUUUGUUACGCUUUGAUCGACGACAUUGUGGAUUCAUUUGCUCCCACCAUUCACGAAACUGAGAUGCAAACUGAGAGACUUGAAGAUGAGGUGUUCGUUGCGCGAACAGACGACAUGCACGACUUUCUUCGGAAGAUUGGCAACACCCGCAAGAACGUCAUGGGCUUGAUGCGGCUGCUCGGUGGCAAGGCUGAUGUUCUGCGUGGCUUUACGAAGCGCUGCAAUGAGAAUUACAACGUGACGCCACGCAUGGACAUCGGCAUGUACCUGGGUGACAUCCAAGACCACGUCGUCACGAUGAUGAACAACUUGAUGCACUGCGAGAAGAUGCUGUCCCGCACCCAUAGCAACUACCUUGCUCAGCUAUCCAUCGACAGCAUUUCGCAGGGCACAAACACCAACCGGGUUCUCAGCAAGAUCACCUUCAUUGCGUCCAUCAUUGUUCCCCUGAAUGUUGUUACUGGCCUGUUUGGUAUGAACGUCGCGGUCCCAUUCAACAAAGUUGAAAACCUUCACGCCUUUACUACUAUUGUUGUGUCUCUGGUUGGAUUCUGUAUCGUUUCCCUGGUUGUGGCGCGACGUAUGAGAUAUAUCUAA